AUGCGUCAGGUCUCCUCCUCUGAGAACAGUGGGAGUGCUACGGGAUCAUUACAUCCACUGCUCGAGAGACCUAGGUGGACCUCAACCAUAUAAAAGGCCCAUCGAAUCCCCCCGAUUUCAGCUCAUUCCCCAAGCAGCCAAACCUCCAAACCUGAAGUCACCACGAUAGCAGCACAUCCUCUCGCAAGCAUCAAUCUCAGCUUCCGCUUAUCUAUCUCCCUCUAUUUAUCUAUUACCAAUCUCCGAACUCUAUCAAAAUGAAGCUCUUCGUCACUGCUGCCUCCUUGGCCACUCUUUUCCUCUCCUCCGUGCAGGCCGUGCCCGUUGAGCAGCCUGAAGAUGCUGCCACCGCCGCCACUACGGUCUCGGUCUCAUAUGACCCUAAGUAUGAUGUGGGCGGUACCUCGUUGAGCACGGUUGCCUGCUCAGAUGGUGUGAAUGGGCUCCUCACCGAGGGCUUCACCACCUUCGAUUCGGUGCCGGGCUUCGCCAACAUCGGUGGUGCGCCCACCAUCCCGGGUUGGAACAGCGAGAAUUGUGGCAAGUGCUACCAGCUGCAUUACAAGGCGGGCAAAAUCGACAAAUCGAUCUACGUGGCGGCCAUUGACUCUGCGCCCGGCGGCUUCAACAUUGCCCUCGGGGCUAUGAACAAGCUGACCAACGGACUGGCGGAGCAGCUGGGCCGUGUGGACGCUACCUACACCGAGGUGGACCGCGCUCUCUGUGGAUUCAAGUAAAAAAUUCAGGCUGUGUCAGUGACGGCGACCGACAUGGAGUUACGACAGGAUGGACGGGAAUAGUGAAAUGGUGAAACUGUUUCUGGUGAUAUCAUUUGU